AUGCAGAAUGGGGGUCAGGGGGAAGAGGCGCAGCGAAGAGGUGCAGCCGCCACGCUUAUCCUCAACCAGAAUGGGGGUGCGUGGUCUCAACUCGAAAAGGAUGGAGGCGGGGACCAGGAUGGAGGCGAGGACCAGGCCGGGGCGAGCAUCCUCAACCAUUUUGGGGUCCCAGGCGCGUGGUCUCCACUCGAAGAGGACGGAGGCCGGGACAAGGAUGGAGGCGGGGACAAGGCCGGAGUGCUUAUCCUCAACCAAUACGGGGUCCCAAGUGCGUGGUCUCCAUUGCAAGAGACCAAGGCGGGGACGAGGUCGGAGCGCUUAUCCUCAACCAAUGUGGGGUCCCAGGUGCCGCUUAUCCUCAACCAAUAUUGGGUCCCAGGUGCGCGGUGUCAACCUGAAGAAGACGGAGGCGGGUACAAGGCCGCAGCGCUUAUCCUCAACCAAUACGGGGUCCCAGGUGCGUGGUCUCAAUCUGAAGAAGACGGAGGCGGGGACAAGGCCGGAGCGUUUAUCCUCAACCAUCAUGGCGUUCCAGGUGUGUUAUCCUCAAGCAAUAUGGGGUCCACGGUGCGUGGUCUCAACCUGAAGAAGACGGAGGCGGGGACAAGGCCGGAGCGCUUAUCCUCAACCAAUAUGGGGUCCCAGGUGCGUGGUUUCAACCUGAAGAAGAUGGAGGCGGGGACAAGGCCGGAGCGUUUAGCCUCGACCAAUAUGGGGUCCCAGGUGCGUUAUCCUCAACCAAUAUGGGUCCCCGGUGCGUGGUGUCAACCUGAAGAAGACGGAGGCAGGGACAAGGCCGGAGCGCUUAUCCUCAACCAAUAUGGGGUCCCAGGGGCGUGGUCUCAACCUGAAGAAGACAGAGGCGGGGACAAGGCCGGAGCGCUUAUCCUCAACCAAUAUGGGGUCCCAGGUGCGUUAUCCUCAACCAUUAUGGGGUCCCCAGUUCGUGGUGUCAACUUGAAGAAGACAGAGCCAGGGACAAGGCCGGAGGUCAACCAAAGUGCAUGGUCUCAACCUGAAGAAGACGGAGGCGGGGACAGGCCAGAGCGCUUAUCCUCAACCAAUAUGGGGUCCCCGGUGCGUGGUGUGAACCUGAAGAAGACGGAGGCAGGGACAAGGCCGGGACGCUUAUCCUCAGCCAAUAUGCGGUCCCAGGUGCGUUAUAUCCUCAACCAAUAUGCGUGGUGUCAACCUGGGAAGAAGACGGAGGCGGGGACAAGGCCGGAGCGCUUAUCCUCAACCAGUCUGGGGUCCCAGGUGCGUGGUCUCAACCUGAAGAAGACGGAGGCGCAUGCAGAAGUGGCAAGGGACAAGGCCGGAGGGCUCGCAUGGAGAGGUGGUGCGCUUAUCCUCAACCAAUAUGGGGCACCAGGUACAGUGUGCAUACAGUGCGCAGCUUUUGUCACUUUCCAGCUGAGCCACAGGCCGCGAGCAAUUGCACAGGCUCAUAGCUAA